GGACCAGAUUGUCCUGUGAAAUUUUCAGGUUCAUAGGGUUUUAUACUUUAUGACGCUUCGACUAAAGUCGCGACUGGUUGGGGGUAGGACUGUGUCUCUCUCUCUCUAGCCGUGUCCGCGCGGCGUCGACCUUACUUCGGCGACCACCCUGUGGAAUCUCCGACCAGGUUUGGCCAUUGAAAAUGGGAAGCAAAGGUCGGAUCCCAUCUCUUCAUUCAAGGCGACCUCUUCCUGGUUUAGUGCCUCCUGAACCAUUUGGUCCUGGAAUGCGGCCUCCACCACCAGGUGCAUUUCAUUCAUUUGAUAUGCCCCCUUCUCCAGAAGUUUUGGAACAGAAGCUUGCUGCACAACAUGUGGAGAUGGAGAGGCUUGUAAUGGAAAAUCAGAGGCUUGCUUCUACACAUGGAACCUUGAGGCAUGAAGUUGCUGCUGCACAACAUGAACUGCAGAUGUUGCUGUCUCAAAUUGGAGCUGUGAAAUCUGAGAGAGAGCAACAGAUGGGAAGUCUUAUGGAUAAGAUUGCCAAGAUGGAAACUGAACUACAGGCAGCAGAGCCUACUCAAUUGCAGUUGCAGCAGGCACGCGCAGAUGCACAGAGUUUGGUUGCAGCAAGGCAGGAACUUAUUACUAAAGUUCAGCAGUUGACUCAGGAUUUACAGAGGGCCCAUUCUGAUGGUCAGCAGAUUCCUGCUCUUGUGUCGGAACUUGAGAGCUUGAGGCAGGAAUAUCAGCAUUGCAGGGCUACUUAUGAUUACGAGAAGAAGUUAUACAAUGACCACCUUGAGUCACUUCAAGUGAUGGAGAAGAACUACAUUACAAUGGCGAGAGAGGUGGAAAAACUUAGAGCAGAGUUAACAAAUUCUGCUGGUGUUGAAAGAAGAUCUGGUGGGCCUUAUAGUAACACUGCUGGAUACAACGAGAAUGAAGCUUCUGGACACCAUCCUUCAGGACAAAACUCUUAUGAAGAUGGCUAUGGUGUUCCUCAGGGACGUGGCCCUUUUACCAGUGGCAGUGGUGCUGCCACUGGUGGUGGUGGGCCUGGCGGGGCUCCUGCAUACGCUGGAGUUCAACCUGGAUCUGCUCCUGGAAGGGCUGGUUAUGAUGCUGCAAGAGGUCCUGGAUUCGAAGCCCAGAGAGGUUCUAUGUAUGAUGGGCAGAGGGGAUCUAUGUAUGACCAACAAAGAGGAGCUGCUUAUGAUGCACACAGGGGUGUAUUCUAUGAUGGGCAAUCAAGUGGUGCUGCUGGGCCGCAUGGACAAGGUGCACCUACAAACAAUGCACCUUAUGGUUCUGCGACACCUCCUGCUCGUUCUGGAGGUGGGUAUGAUGCACCACCUCGGGGGAGGAACCCUGCUCAGAGAUGAUUGUACUUACCAGUCUUUUGUGACAAUUUCUGAAGGUAACAUAUUGCCAGUGCAGUUGUUAAAGAUGAUUUGUCAGCAGGGUAACAUACUGCCAGUGCAGUUAAAUAUGGUUUGUCAGCAGGGUUAAGGAACAAAAUGCAGAGACGAGGUCUGAAGGAGCAUAAGCAGCUCCAAUUGGAUUGGGAAUUUCCUCCCAUUCUUUGGAUUUACUGCUGAUGAUCCUCGGGCAUAACUUAUUGUUUUUCAUGAACUUUAUCUUCCAAA